AUGAGCCCCAAGGAUGAUGCUCCCUCCCAUGGAGCUGUAGUCGAUAUCGGCGGCAGUAACAUGUACGAUGAUGUUGCUGAACGGCUGGAGCAGACCCUCAUGUCAUCGUACUCUUCCGGCUCCAAGCCAACCCUUCCAGACGAGCUCCUUUACGACGAUGUAGGCUUGCCCAUCUGGAACCAGAUCAUCUUCACCCCCGAGUUCUACCAGACUCAUGACGAGAUUGCGCUUUUCGAUAAGCACGGUGCAGAUGUUGCUGCACGUUGCCAAGCUGGUGUCACUAUUGUUGACCUAGGAGCCGGUGACACCCGCAAGGUUGGCCACCUUCUUGCUGCUUUCGACAAGGCCAACGUCUCCACCAAGUACCUUGCAUUGGACAUCUCCCGAUCGUCAUUGGACCACAACAUUAAGUAUCUGGUGGGACAGCAUUCGAGCAAGCAGUCUUCGGUGACCUGCGCAGGUAUUUGGGGAACCUUUGGCGAUGGCAUGAACUACGUAAAGAAGAUCCAGUCGCCUCGACUGUUCCUCUCGCUCGGAUCUGUACUAUGCAAUGAUCCUUGGCCCGAAGCAUUGGCCCACCUCAAGUUCUGGGCCGAUGCUCUUCGACCCAAUGAUCUCCUUCUUAUCGGAAUGGAUGGCCAUAUCCUCCCGGGCAACAGGGACAAGAUCUGGGAUGCUUACCAUUCUUGCGAUGACCUCUAUCGCCAGUUCUUCUUGAACGGAUUCAAGCAUGCCAACCGCCUAGCAGGCGAAGAAUGGUUCCGUGAAGAGGACUGGGAGUUCCUUGCCCAGUUGGAGGAGGAACCAACUACACGACACCGAUUCUUCUUCCGCGCCAAGCAAGACGUCAAACUUGAAAAGAUGGGUCGCGUCAUCCAGAAGGGUGAGGAAUUUGACUGGUUCGAUUCUCACAAGUAUGGAGAAGACAACGUGCGCCUCAUGUGCUAUAAGGCAGGACUGAGCGUGAUCGAUGUCUGGCAGGCACCUGACUCCGAAUUUCGUCAAUAUCUUGUACGCCGCAAGGACAGCAAGGACCAGCGAGACGAUGCUGACAGCGCCGUCUCGGGAGUCAGUUAAUCUGCCCCAUUGGUCGACCUUCAUCUCGCCCUGUCGAUUCCUCAAAAAAAUGAAAGGAAAACACAUGAUAAAACAUCAUCACCUCUAAAAAGGCGGGCAACUAUUUGCUGCGAUUUGUUGAAUACCGUUGGGGGUAUUGGAUCCCAAAAUGGACAGAAAGACGUGCGCAAUGGAUGCGUACGUCAGGUUGGGCACAAAGUUUCGUCUUCUUCUUCGAGCACCCUCUUGACGAGGUGUUCCCACCAAGGAUACCUCUGGCCGAGAGAUUCGGGAACAGGAGUUGGGUCAAGCUGGAGGUUUACAUCGUGGUCGAUCCAUCCCCAGAUCCUUUUGAGCGCUUCGUAUAAUGGGGGGACACUCUGGGAGGGUAUGUUAGCACACUAAUUCAACACUAGAGUAAUGUUUGCAGUAAAUCUGCCCAAGGGCAGAACCAGCCUGCCCUUUGCCAUAGAUUACGAAAAUGGGAGGAUUGC